AUGUCAACAGAAUCAGAAAACGUAUUUAGACAACUGUUUAGAAACUGGAAUGAUAGAUCAGCCAGAAACCAAACCACACAACCAAAUAGCAGACCGGUACUUGCAGAAUGGACCGACUAUUUCAAGACCGGAGCAAAUGAUUUAUACAGUAGAUUGCCUACAUCCGUACAAGAGAUAGGCGCAACAAGCAACACUGUACUGGAACCUGGAUGGUUCAAUUUAACUAGGUUCGAAAGAUUAGUUGGAUUUGGAUGUUGUCUAGGAGCAUCAGUGUUAUGUUUUGUAUUGUGUUUCUUCAUGUUUCCUGUAUUAGCGUUGAGACCACGAAAGUUUGGAUUAUUAUGGACAGGAGGAUCGGUAUUGUUUGUGGUUUCAUUUGGGGUAUUACAAGGGCCAUACAACUAUGCGUGUCAUUUACUUUCUAGAGAUAGAAUAGUAUUCACUGUGGUGUUUUUCUCAUCUGUGUUGUUGACUAUUUAUUCCGCAUGUAUUAUAAAGAGCAGUAUAUUAACUGUGUUUACUAGUAUCAUUGAAAUAUUGGCAGUAUUGUACUAUUCAAUUAGCUACUUUCCUUUUGGUGCAACUACAUUGACAUUUUUCACAAGCUAUAUUGUUGGUUAUGUCGGUGGACUAGUGGGUGGUGUGAUCUUAUAG